GCCUCUUCAUUGCAGGAACUAAAGAGAAGCACAUGCCAGUAUGUUUAAGCUGUGUGGACUUCAAUUUCUACUCGUCAUUCACUUGGCUAUGUGCCAGAAUGUGGGGGACUUGCAUGUAAGUGGACCUCUGAAGGACAUGGAUUUCUCUAUACCAGAAGGAGAGGGAAUGCGCUUCGUUUACCAGUUCACACUUGAGCCACCCGCUGUGAGUUUCAGACUGACUGGUGAAAAAGAUGGAAUAAUUGACAUUGUGCCAAAGACAGGCAUCCUGUAUCUCAAUGGAUCACUGGACUGGGAGACCAAAGCAGUGCACAGGCUGCAGGUGGAAGGCCUGGAUGAAAAGGGAGAUGUAGUGAAAGGUCCAUAUGCUGUUACAAUAAAUGUGCAGGAUGUCAAUGACAACCCACCAGAAUUUGACCAGGAAAAAUACACUGGAGUAGUGAGGCAGAACUCCCGUCCAGGCAAGCCCUUCAUGCAAGUCCAUGCCACUGACCGUGAUGAUCCUGCAACUCCCCAUGCAAAGCUGACGUACAGCAUUCUCCAUCAUUUCCCCAACCCUUAUUCAGAAAUGCUUUUCCAUAUUGAUAAUGCAACUGGAGAGAUCUCACCAAGUAAGGCAGGUUCUUAUUACUUAGAUCCUGCAAAGCAGGACACCUUCACACUUGUUGUCACUGUGAAGGACAUGGCAGGGAUGACAACAAAUGCUUUCACCAGCAGCGCUGAUGUUAUCAUCACUGUGAAGGAGAGCUUGUGGAAAGCUCCCCCCAUCAUCCACAUCCAAGAAAACUCAACCCAGGUGCACCCUGUCACUAUCGCUCAGGUGUAUUCAAAUGAGCCAGAUGUGAUUUAUGACCUUUUUGAGAAAGAAAAGCUUCCCAGGCUCCCAUUUUCCAUUGAUCAGAAAGGGGUUAUUUAUGUGACAGAGCCACUGGACAGGGAAGAAGACGAUUCUUAUACUUUCUUUGCUAUCACAAAAGAUAACAAAGGAGAACUGGUGGACAAACCUCUGCAGAUUCAUGUUGUUGUGGAAGACAUCAAUGACAAUCCCCCGGUGUGCCAGGAGGCCAUCACUGUAAUUGAAGUUCAGGAAAAUGAAGGUGAAGGCAGUAAUAUUGGCACCCUGAUUGCUACAGACAUGGAUAAGGAGGACACCCUUAACUCCCGUCUCCAGUUCAAAAUUGAAAGUCAGGAUCCUGCUGUUCCUUCAAGUCACCUGUUCCGCAUCCAGCAGGACACAGGGAUUUUGCAGCUGACCACCCACUCCUUAAACAAGCGCAUUGCACCCAACUAUUCCCUGAAGGUGCUGGUGACAGACUCAGUAUUCCAAACAAUUUGUGACGUGCAAAUACAUGUCAUUGACAUCAAUGAUCAGAUUCCCAUCUUUGAAAAAUCAGAUUAUCACAAUGUGACUGUUGCAGAAAGUGUCCCAGUAGGAACAGUGAUAUUAGAAAUUCAAGCUACUGAUGGAGAUGAGCCUUUCACAGGGAGCUCCCACAUCGUUUACCAAGUGAAGGAAGGAGAUCCCAAUAACUCGUUCAUCAUAGAAACAGAUUCUGAAACAAACCGAGGGUUCGUCAAGGUUAACAAGGCUCUUGAUUUUGAAGCACAUCCAGUGUAUGACCUGGUGAUCAACGCCACAAACCCUGAACCUUUGGUGCCCGGAGUGCAAUACAACUCAAGCUCCCUUGCCUUAUUCAAAGUUUUUGUAACAGAUGUGGAUGAGCCACCUGUUUUCCAUGCUCCAGUUUACAAAGAAACAGUGUCAGAAGACAUUCCUGUCAAUACCCUGGUCAUGACAGUGGAGGCCUCUGAUCCUGAGGGGGAUACUGUACGAUACUCCUUAGAAGGUGAUGUGAGGAAAUGGCUGAGGAUUGAUUCAACCACUGGGCAGAUAUACACUGCAUCUGCUUUGGAUCGAGAACAGCAAGAAAUAUACGUGGUUGAUGUUGUUGCAUCAGAGCUAAAUAAUGCAGCUCAGAAAUCCAGAGCAGCCUUGGCUCUACACUUAAGUGAUGUGAAUGACAACGCUCCACAGUUAGCUAUGGAUCAUCCCACCUUCUUCUGCCACCCACUCCGUGGAGGAGAGAGAGCUUUAAUCCAAGCUACUGAUGCUGAUGAACAGUGGUAUUACUCAAAGUUUACUUUUUCUCUUGUGGAUGAUAUGAAUGCAAAAGGAAGAUGGGAAAUCUCAAAAGUCAAUGCUACUCAUGCUUACCUCUCUCCAAAACAUACUAACUUUGAAGAAAAGCUGUAUUAUGUUCCAGUAAUAAUUAAUGACAAUGGAAAACCACCUUUGGAAGGAAAAGUGAAUCUUAAAGUAACCAUCUGCAGGUGUUCAAGUGAAAAGUCGUGUUUUAUCGAAAUAGACCGUGAGCACUCCUGGCCAACAGUAGGACAGGCAUUUGGGACUCUUUUUGGUGUCCUGCUCAUCAUAGGUUUAAUCGUAGGGUGUGCCUUUUUUCACAUGAAAAACAAAGAGAAAAAUGAACUGAAGAGUGAUCAGAAAGAUGCAAAGGAUAAGUCUGAACUCAAUAGACUGGCUUAAGGACUGUUUCAUCAAGAGAGAAAAAUGCCCUUUGGGCUGAGAAGGAGUGAACUCUGUAGUUCCCAAAGCCCAGAAGUGUACUAUCACAAACAGAGGAUACAAACAUCCAAAAAUAGGCUCUCAGGGUUUUGUCCUCAUUUUUUGUAUAUAAUACUAUUCAGUCAUGAAACAAAAAAUCUGUGUACACUCCAGCAGCAGCCAUUAAUAAGAAUAUCAGCUCUGACUGAAGUAUUAACUCAUGACAACAUCAAAUCCUGAGCUCCUGCAAGGAUCAACUCAUGGGAUCAACCUUCUCUGUCUGGCAGCUGAAGUAAAUAAAGAUUUCCACAGGACUAGGUCUUACCUAACUGCACAUCUUCUGCCAUUUCCAUCUCAAUAAAUUACUGAAUAGCAGAAAGGGAAAUAAAGCCCUGUGCUACAUUUGGAGAUGUCUCAUGAAGCUGCAGGAAUCUCUCAGAGUCUCAGCAAAGGAGCAAACCUGUCUGUGAAGCACCACGGCCUUUUGUUUGAGUUUUUAAGUUAAAAAAGUGCAUGCUGACUCAUAUGGAAUUGGGUAAUUGUUUAUUGGGUAACAGGUUUAUCAUACUGCUGCAAAUAUAGUUCUUGCCCCCCCCCUACCCAUUAGAUAAGAAUAAAAG